CCCGCUCCCGCAGCCGCAUGCGCGGGGCCCUCACCUCGCCCCCCCGCCGCGUGCUGGGCGUGACGUCAGCGUGCGGUGCCCGUGACGUAGUGCGGGAGGGAGGGAGGCAGAGCCGGGAGCAUGUCGGUGAGCAUCGUGGCGCUGGGCACGGAGCGGGAGGCGGCGGCGGGCAGCGCGGGGCAGCCGGGGCUGGUGCGGAGCUACCUGCGGGGCAGCGGCCUGGUGGCCGAGCUGGGCAGCCCCGCGCCCAGCCGGCUCCGGGCGCGCAUCCUGGGCGGCGUGCCGCUGGAGGUCCACGAGUGUCCGCGAUGGGAUAUAUUUGACAGCGACUGGUACACCUCUCGCAGUCUUAUUGGAGGAGCUGAUAUUAUUGUGAUUAAAUACUCUGUCAACGACAAGACUUUGUUUCAAGAAAUAAAAGACAGUUAUGUCCCAAUGAUAAAAAAGGCAUUAAACCACUGUUCAAUUCCAGUAAUAAUUUCUGCUAUUGGUGCAAGAAAAAACUUGCCCUGUACCUGCCCGCUAUGCACCUCGGACCGUGGGAGCUGUGUUACCACCUCCGAGGGGCUCCAGCUUGCUAAGGAGUUCGGAGCUACUUACCUUGAGCUGCACACUCUUAACGACUUCUAUAUCCAGAAGUAUUUCGGGGGUGUGCUGGAAUAUUUUAUGAUCCAAAGUUUGAAUCAGAAGUCAUCUGAAAAAAUGAAGAAAAGAAAAAAGACCCAGAAGUGCCAUCGAGUGCAACCCCCUCAGCUUGAACAGCCAGAAAAAUUGCCGAUCUUAAAAGGCGAGGCCUCGCAUUAUGACUCUGACAUGCACAACUUGCUGUUCUGCUGCCAGUGCGCGGACGUGGCCUUUUACUCAGAAGACUUCAGCAAGGUGAUGGAGGCUCACAAGGUCAUCCUGUGCUCCGUGAGCCAGGUCUUCAUGCUGCUCUUCAACGUGAAGAGCCCUGCGGACGUCCACGACUCCUCCAUCGUGCGGACAGCACAGAGCCUCUUUGCGGUAGACACUGGUGCCAGGCUGCUGGUUCCUUGCGGCGCCACAGAACCCAGCCCCCCAGCCAGGGUGAUUGUUAAGGACUCUGUCUUCUGCUCCUGUCUGUUGGACAUCCUGCACUUCAUCUACUCAGGUGCUUGCCAGUGGGAACGACUAGAAGAGGAUAUAAAAAAGAAGUUGAAGGAUUCUGAAAAAACGGAACAUGUGCUUGAGAAAGUUAAAUGUAUCCUGAAAACUCCAGGGAAGCUAAACAAUUUGAGGGAUGGCAGCUCUCACCAGAUAAAACAGUUGUACAAUACUUCUCUCAGGCUGUUCUUUAAUACGCCUGUCCUGGCAGAUGUCAUCUUCACAAUACAAGGUGCAACUGUACCAGCACACAGAGCAGUUCUGGUAGCUCGCUGUGAGGUAAUGGCAGCUAUGUUUAAUGGUAAUUAUCUAGAAGCAAAUAGUAUUCUGGUUCCAGUGUAUGGGGUUUCCAAAGACACUUUCCUCUCCUUUCUAGAGUAUCUCUAUACCGACUCCUGCUGUCCAGCUAGUAUUCUCCAAGCUAUGUCCCUCUUGAUCUGUGCAGAGAUGUACCAAGUAAUGAGACUCCAGCAUAUCUGUGAGCUGUACAUUAUCACACAGCUUCAGAGCAUGCCUAGUAGAGAACUGGCGACCACAAGUCUCAGUAUUGUUAGCUUGCUCAAAAAAGCUAAGUUUCACAAUUCCGAUUGCCUUUCAACUUGGCUUCUUCAUUUUAUCGCCACUAACUACCUCAUCUUCAGUCAAAAGCCUGAAUUUCAAGAUCUUUCAGUGGAGGAGCGCAAUUUUGUAGAGAUGCACAGAUGGCCGUCCAACAUGUACCUGAAGCAACUUGCCGAAUACAGGAAUUACAUCCACUCUCAGAAAUGUCAUUGCGCAGUAAUGUAAGGAGACUGGACACAGUCGAAGUGCAACUUGACUGGGAAAUCUCUGAGUGGGGAUUAUAUGGAGCAUAAAAGUCAUAUUAACAGCAAAAAAUUAACACUGAUGUUCCCUAGAACAUUGUAUGCAAUACUAUAGUGCACUUACUAAAGUUAUUUGCUUUGAUAAUAAAUGAUUCUACUUUCUUCCUUAAAGCUGUAAGAACUGUAUCAUGAAUAAUUAUUUCAAGCAUAAGGAUUUCACGUUCAUGGGAAUUAAACCAGGCCAUGUCAUGACUGACAUCUGUUCCCCCUUUUUAAGUUCUUUAUUGUUUAUUUUUAGUGGUUUUCAUGGUUAUUUUCAGCUGUAAAGUUGUUGAAAAAAAAUCUUUUUUUCUAAGUCUGUAUACAAUAAGAGUACAGUAGCAGAGUAAGGAAGCUGAAAAGCCAACUCUUAAGUUCUUUAAAUAUCUCAAAACACAAAAAUUUACUGCAGCAUUUAUUGGUUUGCAAAAUAAAGGGUAAGCUUAAUUCAUAUUUUAGUAAGCAUUCAUUUUCUGCUUCAGAUUUGUUUUUCUUUUCAGUGGAACUCUUAUAGGCAGGGAGCCAACAGUCAUUCAAAUGUUUUGUGGGAGAAAACUCACUGGCAGUAGUGACUUUUUUUGGGAAAAGUGGGUCUCAUAGUCAGAAGUCCCAGAAGUCCCCAGUGGUAGCUGAUAGCAUCAGUGUUUGAAAUUGAUGUCCUGAUGGUGGAGGGAGGUGGCCUACAGCUAGGUACACUGGUCCUAUGAGGAACAUCAUCUGUUGUAAUGCAAUGUUCAGCUUGACCCUCUCCAGUGGGGAGUCAGUUUAAAAUGGAAUUAUCACAGUGUGUUCAUAAGCUACCAUGUAUGAUAGAAAUCUGAUUGUAUUUUCUGAAUGCAUGGAUUCUUUCUCAGAUAUAGGAGGUAAAUCCUGAAUGCUAUGCAUAGGAUGACCCUUCAAUAGCAGACAGUCUUUAAAAAUAUUCUUCAGGUCAGAGGCCAAAAUUAUUCAUUUCUCUUGCCAUUAAGUUAUAUGUAUGUAUUAAUACUAAUGACAGAAUUAACAUUUAUGUUGAGGGUACCUAUCAGAGGAUAGUUUCUCUAAGUGAAAUCUUAGGAAGGAGGUAAACUCUUCGUUAUCAGUCUUCUUGUACUUUUAUUUCAAUUCUGGGUUGCCAGCUGCCUUUAAUUUUGUUAUGUGUUUUCUGAGCCCAGAAAGACCAAAAAAGGACACUGAAAAAAAUAUUUAGUGUUUCUCUAACUUUCACAGCAGAUUAUCUCAAAAGUACUUGGAAAUUAACUAAACCUGAGGAAGACGGAACUGCAAAUUACUGGAGAUGAAUCUUUUUGCUUAUAUGGAUUAUUUUUAUAUUUCAAUAAAAUUUCAUAGGUAAAUUGUUUUUUUAUAUUCCUAGAAUCAUUUUUUUUUCUGGUGAUAUUUUGCAGAGGGUUUUUUUUUUUUUUUGUCCUAUUCUGGGACAAAAAAAUAAAAUAAAAGAGAGAGAAAUUAUGACUCCGCUGGCUGCUGCAGGCUCAAAAUUCUAAAGUUAGUUUUAUAUUAGAUAAGAAUGGUAAAUCAUUUUUAUUUUUAACUUGUCAACUGGAGAUCUUAAAGUUCUUUAAAAAUGAAAUAUAACAAUCCACAUGUUGCAUAUAAGCAGUUAGAAAUGCAGAACAUUAAAUCACUUUUUCAAGAUCACUAAAUAAAACUGAAAAUAGCAAAGAAAAACGAUUAGAAAAGUAGUAUGUAUUGAAUUGAAAUUUAAAGAAGUUUUUUCCUCCCUAAAAUUAUGGUAUCAUUUUAGUAGAAAAUAGAAAUUCUAGGCAUAGAUUAAUAGGUAAGAGUAGAACUUACAUUUUCUUGGACGAUAAAGCCAUGAGCAAAAAUGAGCACACAGCUGAACCAUAGCUUUCCUGAGUACCUGAGACAUGCUUGGUCACAAAUGUGCUUCCGUCAGUCGCCACUGACAGAAGAUAGGUUUAUAUGCCUCACAUGGACUUCUUGUACAAAACUGAGACAAAAGUUGUGUGAAUGUUUAUGUUGCAUGCAGUCCUAAAUUUUCAAUGUCUUGAAAGCUUUCCCAGUUUUUUUUUCUGUUAAAAGAUAAUAUGUUGCCGAUAACGUAAGUAGAUAAGAUAUAACAAAAUGCUAUUUUAACUUUAUGUAAAUGUUUUAUAGACAUUUAAAAUAGGCUUAAUGGAAAUAUGAACUUUGUAUCCAACCAGGAGAAAUAUUUUGGUAUUAUGUGUUACAGUCAGUGUUAAUUACACAUUUUAUACUGAGAAGCCAGGCAGUGUGAAAGUAUUUAUUAUGUAUUCAUACAUAUACUGCAUAUUACUCUUCAGACAUUAAAACAGUUUUUCAUCUUAUAGAGUAUCCCCAUAAUGCCACCUGUAUCAGGUGGAGAUAUGCUAACUUUGCAGACAUAGAGCAUCUGAUAAAUUUAAAUUCUUAGAAGAAGUGUAAUUAUAAAUUCUUAUUUUUAUUCCGUAUGUUGAUUUUCUGUAGAAAUGUAUUUAUCUUAAAGCUAUUUUUAAACCUGAUAGUUUAACGUUCUAAAAUACAACUGAGAGUAGGUCAUGAUGCUUGGUUAGUUGCUGUCAGCAAAUUUUUUUAGUAUUUUGAUACCUGUAGGAACAUAUAGAUCAUGGAUAGUCAGGAAUUAAGGCACUACUGAGUUUGAUAUUUGUGAAUAACUUUGCAUAACAUGUUAGGAUCUUUGCUAUAGUAUAAAGUAAAAAUUAUGAAGAAGCUGAAAAGAAUUAUUCAAACUAGUGGCUUUGAAAAGAGUAAAAUGUGGGAGGAGGAAAAUUUAUGUGCUAGAGUAGGAAAUGUACUCUUUCAGAUGUUUUACAUAGAGUUAUCUUGCUAGCAACAUCCACUUCACUUUAAAACAGACUUGCCACGUUCUGAAAAACGGUUUAAUGUAUUGUUGACAGAUCCAGUUUUCAGUUCUCAUAACCGCCCACAAGAGCAUUUUUGCUCUGUGAGAAUUAGGAUUUGCCUCUAAAUAGAGUCCGGAGAACCAGUGGUGGCCUUGGUCUGAUGGGAUUCAAACCUACAUUUCUUACAUAGCCCCCAGGGCAGCAGAGAGCCCCCAGUGCCCCUGGUGGGGAGACCCAAACGUCAUGGUGCCAAGCCAUGGGGCUUGCACAGGUCCCAGCAUCUCCUGACUCCAAGAGCAUCGGGCACCUUGGGCUUAAAGGAGGGGGCAGGUGGUGAAUUUGGGUACUUAGGCAGGAGCUUAGCAGGUUUUAGAGGGUUUGGGACGACAUUUUUGGACUUACAUUUAAGUGGAAAUUUGACUUCAGAGUCCCUCAUUAGAGCUAAGUCUAAAAAUCCACUUUUAGAAGACAAUUUGUUGAGUAAGAGCUUGCACCGUAUCAUUCUUGCGGUAUUGGUACAUGUGUAGGCUUCUUCCAAGCUAGCACGGAGCUCUACAGAGACUAACAUGGAAAGUUUCUGCACUAACAGUUUUCCUUAUUAUAGUCCUUAUUAUAGUUAAGAAUCUCUGCUAUAGGUCUUGGUGCAUUUGUUUUCAAAAAAAAUAAAAAUAAAAAAAUAAUAUUAAUAAUUAGAAGGAAGACAAGUUAUUUUAUUAGGCAUGUACUGGAACUCACCAUUUCCUAUGUUUUUUCUUUUAACAUACUGUGA